AUGAACAGAAUAAUUACCAUCUCCACCGCCGUAGCAGUAGCUGCAACAGGCACUUACCUGUAUCGCAUCCAAAGCCACAUAUCCCCCGUCCCUAUCCACAGGAUAUCCAGCAGUCCCCAGAUCCCCGAUGCCUUGAAACAGUCCAAAGCUGCAUUGGCCGUCAAUCCAAAUGGGCAUGUUACCAUCACGGAUACGCGCUUCACCACCCUUGAGCUGCCCAACCGCUUAUCCGACGAGCAAAUCUUAGCGCGAUUCGUGAAGGGCUUUUUUGGCGGAUAUGUAUUCGGGCCUGAGAGCGGUGUGUUGAGGGCUGUGGGCAAAGAUCUAAUGCGCUUCGAGAGGUUAAAAGACAUACCGGUAUCGUCAUACAUCUGGGCCCAAUCCGCACUUUCCAGGGAAACCGUACCGCCUCUUCACUCUGUUCUCUUCGGCGUCUUUAGGGUCGCUGAUUGCCAUUUUCAAUCUCCUGGCGACGAGAAAUAUCCCGAAUUAUCACAGGGCGGCAGUUAUAGCUACAUUGACGUCGCGUUUGGGUCUGAAAAGGGGCCUAUUGCAGGUGUACAUCGCUUCUCAGUGACGCGGGAUGGGAGAGUUAAAGAAGAUGGAGGGAAGAACGAGAGUGUUACAAUUGAGUUUGCACAUGUGGGAUGUAACCCGAAAGAGAACAAGCCGCUGAAGCCGGAUUUUGUGCAGACUUUGCACCUAUGGUAUGCGAUGCUGUUAUUCAGAGAAGGGGUGGCGGAGGUGAUGAAGUAA